CGGCAUGAGACAUUAAAAUAUGCAUCAUAUAAUCUAUUACCAAAUCAUAUUCAACAAAUACCCGAAUUAGAACUUAAUCAUUUAAGAAAAGCUAUAAUUAAAGAAUUGCAAAAAAAACUCAAAAAUCAUUACCAUGCUGUUGGGGAACAAGUGUUUUCAGUACAUUGUAGUGAAAAUGCCUUUGUGGGUAUAUUUGGAUCUUAUAUUACAUGCUAUUCACCAUGUGGUUCCUUUUAUCUUUAUAAUUUUGGAGGAGAAGAUGCUGUUGAAACAAUUGGAUUAAUAUUUAAUAAUGAUCAAUAG